AUGAUGAAGACGAUGAUGAUGAUGAAGAUGGUGGUCCAGCUGCUGUUUGGCCUCAGCCUCUGUCACUGUGGAAUGCUCUUUAACACUAACACGACAGGACGCUUUGAUCUCCACAACUGUACUGCACAAUCACCACGGCAACGGGCACUUCCCACGCUGGAGGAGGAGGAGCAGGAAGAGGUGGAGGAAGAGGAAGAGGAGGUGGAGGAGGAGGAGGAAGAGGUGGAGGAGGUGGAGGAGGAAGACGAGGAGGAGGUGGAGGAGGAAGAGGAGGAGGUGGAGGAGGAGGUGGUGUAG